GAGGCACUGAGAGGGUAAAUGUAAAACCAGUCGAGUCAAUCGCAAAGUCGAUUCUUUGCAGUGAGUUGCUGACAGCUCCCAGCGAAAAGUCGAGUUGUUGGAACUUUUGUACUUUCAUCUACUUUGUCCAGGUCUACACAAAGGACAACAGAGAUGACUUUUUAUGAUGGCAUUUUCCCCUUCUAUCCAACAUCCAGGACACCAGUGGUGCUCAACACCAUCCAAAUUGUGGUCAUCAUUAUCUUUUUGGUCUUCCUAGCGGCCUUUCUUGUCAUAUUGAUAGGCAUUCGUGGGAUAGAAAAACUACACUGGUUCAUAAGGGUUACCCUGAGUCUCUUCAUCGGUGCCAUCAUUGUUGCUGUCAAUUUCACCAAUGACUGGGAGAGAGGCUAUGUCACAGUGAAUACAACGUACAAAUCCUUCAGCAAGGAGAAUGUCAAAGCAGAAGUUGGGAUUCACAUUGGGUUAAAAGGAGUAAAUGUAACUCUGAAAGGACUCCCCGAGACUCAACUAAAUGAAAUCAUCAACUACAACGAAGAGUUUCUUUGGCAGUUUGGACUGAACUAUGACAACCAGUAUCGCAAAGGGCUAGAGAGGGGCCUUCCGAACCCAAUUCUGUACGUAGCAGAGAAGUUUACUCAUGCCAGCCCAUGUGGUGUGUAUUCGCAGUACAGGGUCUCUGGACAGUAUGCCUCUGCCACAAUGUGGGUGGCCUUGUGUGCUUGGAUGCUUUCCAAUAUCCUUCUGUGGCUAAUGGUCUUUUUAUAUGGAGGGUACAUGAUCCUAGUAACCGGCUUCUUCAUGAUUUUCUCACUGAUCUCAUUUGGUACCACAAGACAUGCUCCACUCUGCGUCAUGCAGUUUGAUGAUAUGAAAUUACAGAGUUCCCUUGGGCCAUCCUUUUGGCUAACUUUAGCAACGGCUUUGCUCUGUUUGAUUAUUGGAAUGACCAUUGUAGUCAUGAGCCUUUUCGCUCCGACCAGGAUGAGCAAGGUCUUCUUGUUGAAUGCCAGCAAUAAUGAAGAGGACAUGUACGAGACUAGCUUUUAUAACCAGACUUACUGUGAUGAUGAUAAGAUGAAUCAGAGCUUGCCAUUGGAAAACAUAGAAAAAGCUGUAUAAUCGAGGGAGAAAAUCUGCCAUGAACUAUCAUCCCCCCGUGAUCAACUUCUUCUGCCCAGUAAACACAAGACUUGUUUGCUUUUUCAGGACGUAGGAGUUUUAACCAUGUUCGUGCAUCUAGUCCCUUUCAAAUUCUAACACUAGAGAUCACCACCUAAUAGAGAAUCACAACUAUUUUUUUUAGUUCUGUCCUUGUAAUUGUUUUCAUACAAAAAAAAAGAUGUGACCACAGCAGCACUCGACAGGUGACUGGUCUGCUCAGGAGAAAUCGAGUGCACAGCUGCUGAAAGCUAACUUCAAGAAUGUGGACACUAUCUGACUCAUUUUACAUCAGGCCAUGCAGAGUUAAUAGUUGAAUAUGCUCAAGACAGAGGUUGAUAGAUUUCCAGAUGCGAACGUUAUCAAAGGGUGUGAAAACAGUGCUGGAAAAUCUCAUCCAAAUGGAAAUCAGCCAUGAUUUAAUGGAAUGGUGUGGAACAGGAUCAAGGGGUUUCAUGGCCUCUACCUGCUUCAAUUUCCUAUGCUUGCUUGAGGAUUAAAUCAAAUACAGUUGCAUGUGGUUGUGAAUAAAAUGUCCAUUCAUUUAAGCAAAUGGCUAAAUUUUGAAGCGAAAUGAUAAUGGGUGAGCAUCCCAAAUCAUUGGGAUCCGGCAUUUGUUCUGCAGGCCAGAGCUGUGAUACAGUAGUGUGUUGCUCAGUGUUUAUACUGUAUGCUGAAAUUAAGGCUGAGUUGAAUUAUACCAGUCUCUCUACCUGAUUAACCCAUUUUGUAAAUGCACAGGUAGAAAGCAUAGAAAGAAGUUUCCACUCCACUGAUCAAAUCCAAAGUCUAAAAUCCUUUCCAGGGUGUGAGUCCGCCAUCUAACUUGGGAUAUUAGAAGUCAGGAAUGGAUUCAUUCAGAGAAACACUUUAGGGUCCUGCAGUUAUCAGAGUUCAUAGUCCUUGAGGAAGGAGGGAGAGAUUAGGGCUAAAACAUUUGUAAUUUGUUUCAGCUUGAUAAUAUAUUUUCUCUACAAACCAUACAUCCAGUGACUUUGAAACUGAAAUGCUCAUUGUUGCAAAUUUUGGUUUGGAUACAUGUAACAUCACAUUUAAUAAAUGCAUGAUCCAUAUGAAGGAAGAUGGGUGGAAGGGAGACAGAGUUCAUAAAGGUAUAUUUGUAGAAAUGCAACAAUGCCUUUGAAUCCAACAUCAUUCACCACUUUCCCCUGACAGUUAACCAAGCCUCACACAAGCCUGCAAUGCAGACAUAAUCUCAUUAUUUCAUCUCUCCUAAAGCAGCUUCUGUUUCUUCUGUGUAAUGUCUGUGUUUUACUCUGAUUCAUGCUUUCUGGGAACUGUGGUUUGAAAUUCCAAAGUUUGGCUCUCAUGUGUUGAGUCUCCUAAAUCCCUUCUCCCAAACUCUUCUUCAUUGGGAAGCAGGAAAAGGCACAGGAUUGAGAGGGGAGGAAGAGGAGGGAGAUGGGGGAGGGACUGGAGAACAUCUUGUUUUGCAACUUCAUUCUGAUCCACUCUAAUGAGCAAGUAUUUCCAGCUUUUUCUCUUUGUAUGAAUGGACCUUUGCUGAGGCCUUAUAACAGAAUGGAAAACACUGACCGACCCUUGGGUUACUCCUCCUAAUCUUGUUGAUCUCGACUUGGGUAAUGAAUCUCCUGUUGUCGUUCAUGCACAGCUUUAGACAAACUGUAGUUGCUGCUUUUCAUUCCACCCAUGAGUGUUGAGCCAUUGGUGAACGUACGCGUCCCAACCUCCUCUUGUCACCUUUCUCCCAGUUGCCUUGAUGCUUGGCUGCUCCACUGUGAGGAAACAUAAACAAGGGGACUUGGACUCUGUCAAAGAUUGCUUGAGAAGAGCUGGCAUCGCCUCUUUCACCAGGACUUAGACCCAAUUUGCUGCAUUUUUUUCUUCACCAGCAUUCUCAAUCCUAACACCUUCUUCCUGUAAAUUGGUGAAAUGGUCUAUCUUGCUGGAAAACAAUCAUGUGUAAGUGACUAAGCGGCGCUCAAAACUGGGUGGCAUUCAACUCCUUCUUGUUCUGCAGGAAUUUGACAAUUACUCAAAUGGAGAAGACGUUUGACAGAUAGAGAAACAGGACACAUUCACUGUAUUGUCAGAUCUGGUACUUUGAUUUGUUUGAAAAGAAGUCAGUUUACUUAAAGCUUGUGCAAUAGAUGAGUAAUAUUUUAAAUAUUUGCAACAUGAAGGAAAUAUUUAACAAUAAUUUUCUUAGUGGGAAGACGAAUAUGAAUAUUGCUCUUUCAGUAUAAGGUAUAUGUACAUAAAGAAUGUUUACUUUUUAAAAUUUUUCUUUGGUUCACAAGUGUCAAUAUAAAUAAAGGUCGAAUUCAUUUGCAAUGAAUAGCGAAAUGUCUGAACA